AGGAGGAUGGACGCCGGGGAGGCAGCGCCGCCGGCAGGGGCGGGCGGCCGCGCGGCGGGCGCCUGGGGCAAGUGGGUGCGGCUCAACGUGGGGGGCACGGUGUUCCUGACCACGCGGCAGACGCUGUGCCGGGAGCAGAAGUCCUUCCUCAGCCGCCUGUGCCAGGGCGAGGAGCUGCAGUCGGACCGGGAUGAGACCGGGGCCUACCUCAUUGACCGCGACCCCACCUACUUUGGCCCCAUCCUGAACUUCCUCCGGCAUGGCAAGCUGGUGCUGGACAAGGACAUGGCGGAGGAGGGGGUCCUGGAAGAAGCUGAGUUCUACAACAUUGGCCCCCUGAUCCGUAUCAUCAAAGACCGGAUGGAGGAGAAGGACUACACUGUCACACAGGUGCCACCCAAGCACGUGUACCGUGUGCUGCAGUGCCAGGAGGAGGAGCUCACGCAGAUGGUCUCCACCAUGUCUGACGGCUGGCGCUUCGAGCAGCUGGUAAACAUCGGCUCCUCCUAUAACUACGGCGGCGAGGACCAGGCAGAGUUCCUGUGUGUGGUGUCCAAGGAGCUCUGUAGCUCCCCACAUGGGCUGAGCUCCGAGUCCAGCCGCAGAACCAAGAGCGCGGAGGAGCAGCUGGAGGAGCAGCAGCAGGAGGAGGAGGUGGAGGAGGUGGAGGUGGCACAGGUGCAGGUGGAGGCAGAUACGCAGGAGAAAGGUUCCCGUCCGCACCCUCUCAGACCUGAGGCUGAGCUUGCCAUGAGGGCUUCUCCUUGGCCCCUCGCCCACCCCCAGAGCCGCUGUCCCUGGUUUGUAGUCUGGCGGAGCUGGAGGGAGGGCGGAAGCGAGGAGGGGGCUCAUCUCUGGCUCCUUGGACUUAUGCCGAGCUUUCUGCGGCUUUUCUCCCCCACCCACGUUUCUCAGCCUGUCUUGGCCUUGGGUGGGAAGCUCUGAGAGGAGGAGAGGGUUAGAGUGGAAACGUUCCCACUUACUGGUAAACACCAGAGCCACGCUGGGGAGGAGGGAAGGGACACUGAAGCUGAGGCCUGGACCUCAUCCCUGCACGUCCGGCAGCUGUGCAUCACUGCCUGGUGACACUGGUUCCAUUUCCUGGGGCUGGGGAGGACAUGUCCACAGUCUGAUUCCCUGGACCUAUAAGUAGUCACCUAGAGCUGCUGAGGAUUGGGGUGUGGCCAGAACCGCCCUGGCCAGGUGCUCAGAAGCCCCCAUUCAGUCUUAGCUGCCUGCUUGGUGACCUUGGGCAAGUCACUGUCCCUCUCUGGGCCACUGUUGCCUCUAAAAUGGAGAAGGACAGCUGUUCUCUGUGAUCCUUUUUAUCUGGGACUGCAGUGACCUGCCUCUCCUGUCCCUGACCCCUCUGGCCAGAGUCUUGGGAGAGAACCUGGAUUCUCUAAGCGGCCACAGGAGAGCCACUGCUCACGCCCCAGGUGGGGGUCCCCUUUCUGCCCACCCCCCUCGGCUCUGACUCCCUGUCUGUGGGCCUCAGCCCCACGUCCUCCUCCAGAUGGGGCCUGUGACUCACCUGUUCUUUCUCUCUCCCUCUCUCCCUCCUCCCUCCUUCCAUUUCAAUCUCCUUUCUGCCCUUCUCCUGGCCCGCACAUCCCCCCUCCGGCCCUGUCCCCUCAUCUCCCUCCCUGGUGUUCUGACCACCACCCCUGCCCCCUGCCCCUUCCUCCUCUUAUUUUCUAGCUGUUACAAGCCAGAGGUACCCGGAUGUGAGGCCUCAGAUCACCUCCAGGGACUUGGGGUUCCGAUCUGAAAUCCUUUAUUUUUGUACCAUGGGGUGGGCCGGAGGCCUGAGGCGGAGGAAGGGCACUCCCUCUUGCCACUUCUGUCUGCACCUGUGGGGGUCCACUGGGCCCUCUCAAGCCCUGUGGUGGGCCCUGGGACUCUUGGGCAGAGCUGCCUGCCUGUGGCCAAAGUGUGGUGCCGUCCAGCAGUGUCUCCCCAGCCCCUCUGUCCCCUCCCCCGGGGCUCCCUGCUGCAUGGCAGAUGCACUCUCUCCUGGCCCAGUCACGGCAUCUCCUUGAGCGUUGGUCUCUUUGUCAGUCGGGGUAACCUCUCCCACCCUACCUACCUCACAGGGUUGUUGUGAGGGUACAGAGAGGAACAGGGUUGGGAAAGCCCUCCGGGAGUGCAUAAAGCACUAGGCAGGGCCAAGGGCAUGCCCUUCACCCUGCCUAGGGAGCCGAAAAAGACUGGGCUAACCCCCAACAGGACACUGUGCAAGUAGGGGUUCAGGGUGUGGGCAUUUGGCACUGUCUGGAGGGGGGAUGGGUGACUCAGCCUUCACCUUGGCUGUUCCCCUGCCCCAUCUUCACUGCUAGCAGAGAGCCCUGGCCACGGGGGUAGGGGGUGAGCAGAAGUGGGUCAGCAGGGCCCCUCAGUGACUCAGGAACUUGCCAGGGGAGAGUCUGGGGCGGCGGGGGCUGAGGGUCCCCUCCUGCGUUGACUUGCUGGGAUGGGUACUUGCUUCUCAGCUGUGUCCGACCCUACCAUGUAAUAAUAAAACCUGAAGAAUCAGCCUGGCCUGGCUGCCUUCCCUCUUUCUCAGGGCCACUUUUGGAGACAGGGGCUAAACUGAAGGUAGAACAGACUGACCCAAAGGUAAUGGAGCUUUUCCCCAAAGCCCAGAGACCCUGUCCUGUUGUCACUCUCCUCUGUGUGUAUGGCAGGGGUUGGGGGUACAUGGCCACAUCCCCUUCCCAGUGCUGGCCACUGUGGGCAGCUGGUAAAAUAGAAACAGCCCAGGUGGGGGGCCAGGCCAUGAGAGCUUGGCCUUGCUGGGGGACCUUUGGCAAGUGCCUGCCACUCUCUGGGCCUCAGUUUUCUCAUCUAUAAGAUGAGGCGUUGGACCAGAUGACCAUAAGGCCCAAUCCUGUGGAGUCAUGCAGGCAGCCAGACCAAUGUGGAGAUGCUGCGGGGGCUGCAAGUACGAACUCCCCUGGAACCAGGAGACCCAGCCCUCCUCAGCCUUGCUGCUGCCCUCCCCUGCCUUUCCCACUGUCCCAUGGUCCCCUGUGCUCACUGACUUCAUUCUGACCUGCCCAAGACAGCCUUGGCUGCAUCUGAAACCUCCCCAGGACACCUCCACCCAUCCCUGCUUCUGCCAGCCUAUGUCCAGUCAGGCCUCAAGACCAAGGAAGAAUAAACAAGUGGGCCUCCCACCCCACCUCUCCCCCAGGACACCACACUCACCAAAGUCGGCCUCGCUUUUUGUGUCCACCUUUGCUUCCAUAAGAAUCACAGGAUGGGGAGGGGGCUUGUUACAAGAACAGAUUACUGCCCCUCACCUCCCACCAUAGAAAAUCAGCCCGUUGCCCUUGAAUUGAUUCCAACUCCUAGCAAUCCUGUAGAAAAGAGUGGAACUGCCCUAUAGUGUUUCCAAGGCUGUAAAUCUUCAUGGAAGCAGACUGCCACAUCUUUCUUCCAAAGAGUGACUGGUGGGUUUAGACCACUGGCUUUAUGGUUAGCAGCCCAGAUUUUGAUGAAGAUGGGGUGGGGCCCAGGAAUUAGCAUUUUAGCAGUGCAACCAAGGUGAUUACAAUGAGGUAGGACCCGAGAGCCACUGGGUGGAGUUCAUUAACAUCCGGUCCCCACUCCUAGGUGCGUCCGUCUAUAGCGGCCACCCCACUGUCCAGCUCCCUGCCUCCAGGCUGCCCCAUCUCCUGGGGCCUGGACACCCCCUCUGCCUGCAGCUGCCUGGCUAUGCACAAAUGGGGCUGCUGCAGAUCUGAAAACCCUCCCCUAGUGGAGGUCACCACUUGACCAUCUGUCUGACCUAUUCUGGUGGCUUGCAUGUCACUAUUAUGCUGGAAGCUCUGACACUGAUAUUUCAGUUACCAGCAGGGUCACUUUUACGGUGGGCAGAUUACAGCGAAGCUUCCAAACUAAGUCUAGGAAGAAGGAUCUGGCGAACUACUUCUGAAAAAAUUGGCCAGUGAAAACUUUAUGGAUAUCAGCAGGACAUUGUUUGAUAUACCGCUGGGAGAUGAGCCCCUCAGGUUGGAAGGCACUCAAAAUACAACUAGGGAAGAGUUGGCUCCUCUUCGACCUUAAUGACUUGCAUGGAGUAAACCUUUCAGAACUUUUAUUUGCUGUGGCAAAAUGAGAAGAAACAGCUUCAAACAUCCAUUCAUAAUCGGAGUGUGCAAUGUACGAAGCAUGAAUCCAGGAAAAUUGGAAGUUGUCAAAAAUGAAAUGGAAUGCAUGAACAUCAAUAUCCUAGGCAUUAGUGACCUGAAGUGGACUGGUAUCAGCCAUUCUGAAUCAAUCAUAUAUGGUCUACUAUGCUGGAAAUGACAAAUUGAAGAGGAAUAGCGUUGCAUUCAUCAAGAAGAACAUUUCAAAAUCUAUCCAGAAAUACAGUGCUGUCAAAACCAAAAACCAAACCCAGUGCCGUCGAGUCGAUUCCGACUCAUAGCGACCCCAUAGGACAGAGUAGAACUGCCCCAUAGAGUUUCCAAGGAGUGCCUGGAGUAUUUGAACUGCCGACCCUUUGGUUAGCAGCCAUAGCACUUAACCACUAUACCACCAGGGUUUCCUAGUGCUGUCAGUAAUAGGUUAAUAUCCAUACACCUAUAAGGAAGACCAGUUAAUACAACUAUUAUUCAAAUUUACACACCAGCCACUAAUGCCAAAGGGGAAGAGAUUGAAGACUUUACCAACUUCUGCAGUCUGAAGUUGAUCAAACAUGCAAUCAAGAUGCAUUGAUAAUUGGUGAUUGGAAUGUGAAAGUUGGAAAAGAAGAAGAAGGAUUGGUAGUUGGAAAAUAUGGCCUUGGUGAUAGAAAAAGUGUUGGGGAUCACCUGAUAUAAUUUUGCAAGACCAGUGACUUAUUCAUUGCAAAUACCUUUUCUCAACAACAAAUACAGCGACUAUACACAUAGACCUCACCAGAUGGAAUACACGGGAAUCAACUCAGCUACACCUGUGGAAAGAGACGAUGGAGAAGCUCAGUAUCAUCAGUCAGAACAAGGCCAGGGGCCAGCUGUGGAACAGAUCACCAAUUGUUCAUAUGCAAGUUCAAGUUGAAGCUGAAGAAAAUUAGAGCAAGCGCACGAGAGCCAAAAUACGACCUUGAGUAUA